AGUUUCCUGCCUCUCACUCGGUUCUUGCUGACAUCAAACUUCUUCCAGCCUCUCAGCUGAGUUUCUUGUUUCUUGUCUUGGAUCCCUGGCGCAAAGUUUUAUUAUUUUAUUUUUCACAUGUUUGGGGUUUGUUACUUCGUGUUUGUUUCACAAUCUGGAGAAUAAAGAUUAAGUUGGAGUGUGAUGUGAAACUUUGCAUAAAGUUCUGCACCGGGAGAGUGUGAGACCAGAGAAAGCUCAGACUCCUUCUAUGGCCGGAUCCCUUUUUCGCUGAGGAUUUAGUGAGUGUUGAGUCCUGGUAUGGGCAGGCAGGAGCCUGAGUCGUGAUUGCAUGCAUGGUCACACAGCUGUGUGCAAGGUGACAUCUGGGGACCCAGUGACAGCAGCCAGCAAGCUAAGGGUUGAACCUGUACUGUCAAACAGAAGUCUUUUGGAAUGCGGAGUUGAUAUUCUUUUAAUCAUGGAUGAAGAGGAAGCUCUCAACUUGAUUAUGAAAGACCUGGCUGCGCUGGGAAGAUGCGGGGGCUUACUGGAUAGUAAUCGCAACAAAAAUAACAGACAGCAGGACGCCCGGAUCAAGUUUGAAUACAACGGAGAGAAAAGAAUUAUAGAGUUUCGGAGACCCAUAAAAUUCAAGGAUGUGAUGCAAAAAGUUACACAUGCCUUUGGGCAAACGAUGGACUUGCACUACGCAAAUAACGAGCUCUUGAUCCCACUCAAGUGCCAGGAUGACUUGGAUAAAGCUUUGGAACACUUGGACAUGAGCCCCUCUUUGAAGAGCUUGAAAAUACUUGUGAAAGCGCCAAAGAAAAAUAUAUAUUUACAGCCAACCUGCCCUAAGCAACAUGACAUGAGGAUAUCCAAAUCUAUGGGAGAUAUUUUGGGGUCUUUAUACAAAGAUGCUGGAAAGAGUCGGAAAUACUCAACAGGUUCCUUGCACACAGGCAGGAGUUCCCCGCCGCCAGGCAGCGUACCUGAUGAACAGCAGCAAAUUGCCCGGCAAGGAUCCUAUACUAGUAUUAACAGUGAGGGAGAAUUUAUCCCUGAGGUGCUUGACUCAUUCCUUAGUCCUAAUGAAUCGCUCUCCAGCAGCUGCCAGUCGCUGGACAGGUCGUUAGACAGCCCAGCCUUUUCGACACCAGGGUCAAGAAGAAACGGUCCACUGAAAGACAGCUUUGAUUGUUUAGAUUUUGAAAUUCCUUUGUAUGAAAGAUUUGCAAAAGGAGGCACUUUCCCAAGACAUCACCUUAUGCAUAGUCGGAAGGACUAUAAUGAUGGUCGACGGACGUUUCCCAGAAGUUACGUACCACCUGAAAACUUAUUUCAGCUGGGGCCCAGUAACAGAACAAGAAGUGUUAAUGGGGAGGGCACGUUAAGCACUAUGCAAGGUGAUGAACCCAGGAAAAAGCGGUGGAACAGUUCUGAACAAAGCUUGCAGUUCUUCAGUUCCCCAGCAGCCGAUCAUUCUAACAAAUCUCCUCAAGCUCCAGAAAACUGGAGGUUGGGAAAAUUGCUUGGUAGAGGAGCUUUUGGGGAAGUCUUUCUCUGCUAUGAUGUGGACACUGGCAGAGAGCUGGCUGUAAAGCAGGUGCCCUUUGACCCAGACAGCCAAGAAACAAGCAAGGAAGUAAAUGCCCUUGAAUGUGAGAUUCAGCUGCUAAAGCUUCAUCGUCAUGAUCGGAUAGUCCAAUAUUAUGGCUGCUUGCGGGACCCAACAGAGAGGAAGCUGUCCAUCUUUGUGGAAUAUAUGCCUGGGGGUUCAAUUAAAGAUCAGCUAAAAUCUUAUGGUGCGCUGACGGAAAAUGUUACCCGGCGGUACACAAGGCAGAUCCUUCAGGGGGUGUCAUAUCUGCAUAGCAAUAUGAUUGUACACAGAGAUAUCAAAGGUGCCAACAUUUUAAGAGACUCUGUUGGGAAUGUGAAGCUUGGUGACUUCGGGGCCAGCAAACGGAUCCAAACCAUCUGCAUGUCUGGAACCGGCAUUAAAUCAGUUACAGGGACUCCGUAUUGGAUGAGCCCAGAGGUGAUCAGCGGUGAAGGAUAUGGGAGGAAAGCGGAUGUUUGGAGCGUGGCUUGUACAGUUGUGGAAAUGCUAACAGAAAAGCCCCCGUGGGCAGAAUAUGAAGCCAUGGCUGCCAUAUUUAAAAUUGCCACUCAACCUACAAAGCCAAGGCUGCCAGACAAUGUUUCAGACUACUGCAGAGACUUUAUGAAACAGAUAUUUGUUGAAGAAAAACGGAGGCCCACAGCAGAAGAACUCUUAAGGCAUCCCUUUGUUAUCCAUAGUAUUUAAAUUUUUAUUUCACUGAAAAGAAAAAAAAACUGUAUGAAGGAUUUAGAAACAUCUGUGUCUUCCUACUGUGUGAAUAUCCAAAACAUCAUUUAGUUCAAGGCUGUUAAAGCUAGGGAUUAAAUGGACACUGGUGGAACAUGUAUAAGACAACUAUGUACUGUUUUACAGUGAAGAGGUUUGAAUCACAUUUUUACCUUUCCCACGUGGAUGGGAGCAGGUCAUUAGUUACCAAAGACAUUCUAUUUUUAUUGUAUUAAUAAUCCUGUUUUAGAAAUAAUGCCAAAAAAUAUUUCUAACCCCAGGGUAAUAGCUAGGUGCAGCUGGCUCUUAAAUUAGUUCAUUAAAAGGACUUCUUUAACACUUAUAGGACCAAAAAUAUUCAUGCCAAAGAUGUGUGCCAACGUGGUCUCCUAAUGCUGACCCUGGUAUUCACUUUUUAAUGAUGGUAAAAAUGUUUUUUUGGGUUUUUUUUUGUAACUGUUUCAUUCCAUAGCCACUUAAACACUUCACUUAUUCAAGUUAAAUGUUCCUUUGAAGUGAUAGGAUGAAUUUUGUAUUUGGAAGUUUUAUCAAAUAACCGGUGAUAAUCUUCAGACUUUGUCAGCACUUAAGAAAAUGCCGUUUCUAUCUAUGAUGUGAAAUUGGUUUCUCAAUUUUAGUGUUGGAAAUAUGGGCUAUUAAGAUGGUGCUCAGCUCAUAAAACCAUUCUAGACCCAUAAUUCUCAAAUAGGAUGUUAGGAUAUACAGAAUUGGGGUUAGUGGGAAAAGGUGUCAAAUUGUUCACGGCAUUCUUCCUACAUUGAGGGGGCAUUGUAGUCAUUUUUGUCUUAUCUAAAAGAGGGUAUUUCAAAAUGUCUUGUGUUUCUUUCCCCCCUGGAAAAGACGUGUCCCUCUCAACCAAUAGAGGUAUGAAAAUUGAACUUGUCAGCCAAUGAGAAUUCAUAGGUUCUGUACAACAAAUACUACAGUUUAUUAGUUUAAAUUUUAGCAUUUUCACUUAAAAGGACCUAAAACCCUAAAUGUUGCUUUCAUUAUUUAGGUAGAGCAUACCAUUUUAAACAAUGUUUUAAUGUACCUAUUUUAUCUCAUUUGCUUUGUUCUCUUUGAAUACCUGGGUAUGCUUAGGAGCAGCACUGCACUACUGGGAGCUAGCUGCUGAUUAGGCUCCACAUAUAUGCUUCUUAUCAUUGGCUCUCCUGACGUGCUCAGCUUGCUUCCAGUAGUGCAUUGCUGCUCUUUCAACAAAGGAUACCAAGAGAAUGAAACAAAUUAGAUAAUAAAAGCAAACUAGAAAGUUAUUUAAAAUGAUAUCCUUGAUCUGAAUCAUGAAAGUAAAAAAUAGUGUUUUAUGUUCCUUUAACAUUGUUUUCAGUAUUUAACUGCUGCUCUUUAAUUGAUUUUGACAAUGUCCCUUUAAACAAUCAGAAUAAAAAUAGCUGAAGCAAAUAGCAUAUGUUGUUCUCCGUGCUUUGCUUUUGUUGUAUAUGUCUAUAAUAUUACCUAUAUUUAUUUAGUUCACAGUAUUUUCAUUUUUCUAUCAUUGUGUUACAUUAAGGAGCCCUUGAGAUGUGAAAAAUAAACAAAUAAAUCAGGGAUGUCAAGUCAAUAACAAAAGUACGUCAAGGGUGUUCCAAAGGUAAACCACUUGUUUGUACAACAGAACAUUUGUAACAAUGUGUAGGAGAAACAAAGACUUUUAAAAUAAGGUCAUUAUUUUAUAGGUGAAUUAACAGCUUUAUUAAAGAAUAAGCUAUAAGGAAGCUAUUGCUACAAAGCAAUCUUUAUUGUAAAUAUCAGAAUAAAUUUGUCCCUUUAUUUAGCUGCAUCCUGUUGUGGAAAUUUCUCUAUACACAGCUUUUUAUUGUGAACUGAAUUGGUUUGUUUUCUAUUCCUAUUCUGCAAGGCAUCACAUGAUAUCUAUUUUUUAUACCUACCUUUUGAUGUAAUUAGGUAACAUUUAGCCUCAUAUCAGAUGCAGGUUCACAUAUUUUUGUUUAUCUUUAAAUUAACUUUUCUGCAUCACUUUAAUGUUGAGGCUUAUGAGAAGGCGGAGACUAUUAAUGUACUUUAAUACCUUACCUGCUGAAUAGAGAAGUGUGUGUGUAUAUGUAUAUAUACUGUAUAUACAUAAUAUAUAAAUAUAUACAGGUAGCCCUCAGUUUACGCCGGGGUUAGCUUUCAGGAGGAAUGGUUGUAAUUCGAAACCGUUGUAAAUUGAAAUCCAGUUUAUAAUGUAAGUCAAUGGGAAGUGAGGGGGUUAGGUUCCAGGCCCCUCUCAAAAUUGUCAUAAGUAACACCUAAUAGAUUAUUUUUAAAGCUUUGAAAUGAAGACUUUAAUGAAGACUUUAAAUGUUAAACAGCAUUAUAAACCUAAUAAUAUAGAUUGUAUCAUCAUCAAACUAAGUUUAAUGAACAAAAACGUUUUUUUGCUUGCAUUUUUCUGCAAUCAGUUCUCUGCAUUGUUAGCAUGUUAGAUAAUAUUGGGUCUGCACCUAUUCUAUGCAUUUCAAUCUGCAGUGAUUAAGCAGUUAGUCACCCUCACCUCAAGCAGCUGGACAGGAAGAUAAUAGGGAAGUGGCUUCUAAAACUUGUUGCUCGAUAGCUAAUGUCUGCUCUGUGUACACAGAUCAAUUUUAGGCUGUUAAAGGGACAUGAAACCCAAACAUUUUCUUUCAUGAUUCAGAUAGAGAAUACAAUUUUAAACAACUUUCAAAUUUACUUCUAUUAUUUAAUUUGCUUUCUUCUCUUGUUAUCCUUUGCUGAAAGCUUUAUCCAGGAAAGCUCAGGAGCAGCAGAGAACCUAGAUUCUAGCUGUUGAUUGGUAGCUGCAUAUAUAUAUUGAUUGUGAUUGGCUCACCCAUGAGUUCAGUUAGAAACCAUUAGUGCAUUGCUGCUACUUCAACAAAUGAUACCAAGAGAAUGAAACAAAUUAGAUAAUAGAAGUAAAUUAGAAAGCUGUUUAAAAUUUUAUUAUCUAUCUGAAUCAUGAAAGAAAAAUGUUGGGUUUCAUGUCCCUUUAACCCUUUUAGUGCUAAGCACUUUCCCACCUGGGUGCUAAGCUGAUUUAAUUUAUUUUUUUAUUUUGUGAAAAAAAUGUUUUAACUUUUUUUAUUUUUUCCAGAUCCCCUAGACUUAUACCAUUGGAAUGGCUAGGCGAUUACCUUUCCAAUGGUGGGUCUUGGGGGUCUUUAGCUGCUUAGAUGCCUGAGGCUUAUAAGCAGCAUGCCCCCUUUCCCCUAUACUUUGUAUUGACAAAUUGUUAAUAAAGUUGCACGGUGACGUCAUCACGUCAUUGCGCUAGACGUUACCACUCAAAACGUGAUGCCCCGACAAUGCCUGUCAUUCUACAGGCACGAUCGCUGGGGUAGGACCGGUUGGCACCCCCCAAAUCUCCCUCAAGGUGGGAGAGUACUAGUGACGGCUCUGAGCCGUCAUUAGCACCAGAGUAGGAAACUCUGUGACGGCUCAGAGCCGUCAUUAGCACUCAAAGGGUUAAAGGGACAUGAAACCCACAUUUUUUUCUUUCAUGAUUUAGAAAGAGAAUGCAAUUUUAAACAUCUUUCUAAUUUACUUCUAUUAUCUAAUUUGUUUUAUUCUCUUGAUAUUCUUUGCUGAAAAGCAUAUCUAGAUAUGUUCAGUAGCUGCCAAUUGGUUGCUGCACAUAGAAGCCUCGUGUGAUUGGCUCACCCAUGUGCAUUGCUUUUUCUUCAACUAAGGAUAUUUAAAAAAUGAAGCAGAAUAAAUAAUAGAAGUAAAUUGUAAUGUUGUUUAAAUUUGUAUUCUCUAUCUGAAUCAUGAAAGAAAGAUUUUGGGUUUAGUGGCCCUUUAAGUUGCAUAACUUUGCUGCAAAACAAGCGGACAGCUCCACCUACUGGCUAUUUUAAUUAGUGCACUUUGCUUUCCAAAGCUUUUCAAUAGCAGUCACAUGACUGAAAAAAUAGGUUGUUAUUCUGAAAUGGCGCAAAUUGAACCAAGGGCCACCUGUAUAUAAAACAAUUUCAGCAAUAAAAAGUCCACCUAUUUUGUUUUACCAGAGCAAAACACCUCAAAUUGAAUUCCCUAUAAAAUGUUUGUGUAGUUACAAAAAGUAUUGUUUGCCAUUUUGUCUCAUGUUUUUGUAAUAAAUGUAUUUCUUCUGCUUCUCAAAAAUUAGCUGUUGUGCAUCCCAUACAAUUCAUAAGCAGGACCCUGCAACAUUCACACAAUGAAUGUGAUCUUUUAUGAUAGGCUGGGUAGAAUAACUAAGGAUAACUAAGGACUAGAUAAUGCAUUCAAAUAGGGGACAAUGAUUUGUAUGAGGUGUGUGUGAUGUGGACAAGUUUUUCCAUACCUCAUUGGAACAAAAUAUGGCCUUACGUGAUGCAAGUUAAAUCUAUGCAUAUGCAAUUGGGAACCUCACCUCAAUCUCCAGUAAAGAGAAAAAAGUCAAGUUUUACGGUUGGCCACUCGCUAAACGUACAAGUUAUCUGUAAUAUACUUUAUUACCUCCUUAAUGAAGGGGGUAAUAAAGUAUAUUACUUAUGAUCUGAUCAAUAAAUGGUCAUAAGUAGGUUUUGUAUCAAUGUUUUUGUAAUGAACUUUUUAAAGAACCAGAAGAUUUUAAUCUAAAAUAACCAAACAUGUUCUAAAAUAACAGGUGCAGAUCUUAAUUUUUAGGGGGCUUUAGAGAAGGAUCUGAAUAGCUGUGUAGUAAAUUCAAGACAUUAAUCAAGUAUAUCAACAAUAAAAUGUGUAAAUAGUGUAUGCUUAGAUAACCACAAAACAAAAAUUAUACAGUGUCAAUAAUUUUGAAGAAAAUUUUUUAUGUUUUUUGUGUUUUGUAUUUAUGUUUAGUUUUUUGUUUUUGUUUUUACCAAGGUAAACCAAAAAUGCAGAGUUAUUAUCUCAUAAUAUUAAUGCAGUAAUGUGCUGCUAAUAAAUCUACAAUUCUGCUUUAAAUUGGAAUAUAAUAUAAUUGAUGUUUCAGCCUUAAGGUUUUUUUAUUAUUCACUUCUGUGUUUGUGGUUAUGGAUUUAUUUUCUUUUUAACAAAAAAUUUAACAUUAUAAAAUGGCCUCUUUUAGAUGGAAUUGGGACAAAUGUGUACAAUUUUCUUUUUGAAUUAUCUUCUUGCACUAUUAAAAGAUAGAAUGUUCUUCGGGAAAUACAAGUAGCUAUGCUGGUAAACACGUUGCAGUGUGACAUUUAUCAAAAUAGCUUCCAAAUUCAGACAUUAAAAAAGAAAAUAUCUUUGACACUACAACACUAAGGCCAAAAAAAAUAACAAAGGCAAAAAUAAAUCAUCAAGUGUCAAAAAUGUCCUUAUAGUAUUUAAACUCUUUGGGAGUCUUGCCGACGUAACCCAGUACCUCAAUGUUAAAUCCAUUUUAGUCCCUGCAGAGUAAAAAUGAACAACUUCUUCUUUAUGUAAAAAAUGAGAAUCAUUUUAAAGAUGCUGUGCUGAAAGGUAAUCAGUAAUGGGAAUCGGUGACCUCAGUAUUGUUUUAAUAGGAAACACACGAGUGAGGCCCAUGACAUUUUUUUUCUUUUCGGAAUUUACAUAUUGAAUGACCACAUUUACCUAGUUGUAGUUGUAGUUGUACCUACUCUGUCCAUACAGUAGCUAAGGAGACUGUACUGUUAUAGAGAUGUAUUUAGGCCCAUGAGCCUUAGCGGAUAGGUAACUAUUUUAAAUUUACACUCAGAGAGUUGUUAUAGGCAAAGGAAAAGCUCAUGUAUAUUCAGAUUACUAAGGUGACAUAAGCGUGAAUAUUAUGUUGUAAAUUCAGGUAUAAGUUCAUGAUUUCAUGCUUUAAAAAUGUCAUUUAUUUUGUAUGUAUUUUUAUCCUUUGUAAUCUUGAAUUUUUUUAUAAAAUAAAUGUGUAAAUUGAAGACCAAUUUAAAAA